UGGAAUCCUUCGUCGCUCGCUUCUCUCCAAUGGCGAAGACCCCGGCGUCGUUGUCGUCCCUGUCGCCGUCGCGCUCCCCCUCCGUUGGCUUGCAUCGGAUGGAUGAGCUGGAGAAGGUGUUUGCCCGCUUCGACUCCGAUUCUGACGGGCGGAUCUCCGCCUCGGAGCUCGCUGCCGUCCUCCGCGCACUGGGCUCCGAUCCCUCUCCGGACGAGAUCCGCGACAUGAUUGCCGAGAUGGACACGGACCGCGAUGGAUUCGUUGACUUCCAGGAGUUCGUCGCCUUCCACCUCAACGCCUCCCGCGACACCGCGGAGGCGGAGCUCAGGGAUGCCUUCCGAAUGUACGAUCUCAACAAUGACGGUCUUAUAUCGGUGGAGGAGCUCCAUCGCGUGCUGAGGAGCCUGGGGGAGAAAUGCUCGAUGACGGACUGCACGCGGAUGAUCCGAUCCGUCGACUCUGACGGCGACGGAAGCGUCAAUUUCGAGGAGUUUAGAAAGAUGAUGGGCGGCGGUAGUUGCUGCGAUGGAGAAGGAAAGCCCACUGGAGCAUCAGGCCAUCUGUUGCCAUGAGAUUAGAGUGCUUUAUUUUCUUGGAAGCAUAACUAUUGUCAAAAGGAUGUUGGGGGAAAAAAAUCAACUGAGCGACUCUCAUUUACUAAAUCAUCAAGGGAAGGAUGACUUCAUUUGGUGCCCUCUGCUAAAUGCGGUGAU